AUGGCACCACAGUAUAUUAUUUCAAAGCGGCUCGAUCCCCUGUUCGCCAUUUCCAUCGGGCUCGCGGCAGCAGCGACACGCAUUAACCGUGAGGAAAAGGAAAAGGGCCGCUCGACGCAGCAGAGUCUAGAGGUGCUGAGGAGGAGGUGCGGUUUGGCGUGGCAGAGUGGUGGGGAGGCGAGGAAGGCGUAG